AUGUGCUACGAUGAUACGCUGCUCUACACGCUGACAGUUGGAGGGAUGUUCGCCAUUCGAGCGCCGUCAAUAGUCGGAAGCCAUCUUUACAGCAGGACGACGCAUCGCACAAUGAAGAUCAUUCUGCUGAUCGCUGUGUUGCUGCCGUUGGCAGCGUACGCUAAACCCUCCACCACGAGCCUAGACCCGGUCGACUUGGCCGACAUAGAGCUGGCAGCGGAUGAUGUGGCACGAAUCAAACGGUCCGGGUUUGGUUCGGGCAGUGGGUCGUUCGAUUUGCUGUCCGGUCUGAAGAAGACGCUGCUGUCGGGAAUUGGAUCGGCUUCGGCGUCACUGGUUGCGGGCAGCAGUAGCUCUUCGCUGAGCUCCGGCUCGGGACACGGCAGCUCGGGACAUUCGGGCGGUAGCUCGAGCUACGGUUCAUCGGGACAUUCGUACGAAAAGCCGCACGAGGACUCCCACUUUGACGGUUGGUCGCUGAAGAAAUCGAUCCUGAACACGCUGUUCCAGGCAGUGAAAGCCAUCACCGGCGGUGUGACCGCGAUCAAGGGUCAGCUGAUCAAGGGCUCGGGCUAUCUGGUAAGCGGUGCAGGCAAAUUGAUCGCUUCCGGCGGUGAUGCCGUUACCGGUGUCGGCAAAAAGAUCGCCCUCUCGGCCCAUCUCAUCCCACCGAAGCAUGCGUCCCAUCCGUUCGCGAAGCUGAGCGGCAUCCUGUCGUCCUCGUCGUCGGGCCUGUCCGGACUGUCCGGAUCGUCGUCCUCGUCGUCGUCGUCAUCCGGCCAUCAUCAUGGUGAUACGUCGGGCGAAAGCUUCACCAGCUACGAGGCACCCACCAGCUACGGUCACGAUUCGGGCCACAGCGGACCAUCCGGUCCGUCCUACAUUCCACCGGCCAAGAGUUCGCACAAAUCGCCCUCGAUCAACUCGUACGGUGCGGACCUGGACGACCAUCAUCACGGUGGCAGCUACGUGUCUGCCGGCAAGUAUGGUCACUCGUCCGACGUAUCGCCGCACCAUCAUCAUUCCGAAGACUCUCAUCACGAUCACUACACGUCCGGGUACAAUAAGGGCCACACGAAUGUGGUUGAAGCGUCGGACGUACUGCGCCAAAUACUGAACCAGAAGAUCCCGCACCAUUCGGACGAGUUUCCGAAAAAGGUCAUUGCGCAGUACGAGAUCCCGUCCGAUUCGAACCCGCCACCAUUUAAACCGAUCAAGGGUCAAGGCUAUCUGCCACCGAACACGAUCUACGGUGUCCCAGCAGGGCCGAUCGAUUCCGUUACGCAUUCGCACUCGAUCACCACCUCGUUCGGUGCCGGCACCUACCCAAAGCUUAUCUCUGCGACACACGUAGAAACCGAACCAGGGCUACCCAGCUCGUACGACAUCUACCGCUCGAUGUCACUGAAGCACCACGGACCGCACGGUGGCAAUAAGCAUCACCACACCUCGAAACCAAGCGGUUGGACGUCGCGUGAAGUCGGACACAGUGCGAGCGGUGUGUCGUACGAGCUGCUACCGCCAACGGAAUCAUCCGGCGAGCUGGUGCACGAGCAGCAGUUGCGCGAUCUUACCAAACAUCUCGGCAACGGGAUUGAGGUGCAGAAAUCGCUAGCGUACGAGAUUGCCGAUCCGUCCGCGUCGCAUCAACACCACAAGCGACGCUCGGAUGAAUCGACGACGGACACGAAAACUGACCAAAGUGACGCCACCGCGACGAAGAGUACCGCCACGUAG